GCUCUUGAAGAAGACAGGCUCAGCGCCAGGUAGCUGUUCUUACCCUCCUCACACACACACACACACACACACACACACACCUGAAGACAGCAUGUGAACAGCUCCCUCCUCUUCUCUCUUCGGGACUUUUUACAUCAUCUUCUUUGUGUCGCUGCGCAGAGUGGAUUUGUGUUGCCCAGAUGUUACCACUUUAACCUCCUCCGUCUCGUCUGGGAGUAUCAAAGAUGAUGGAAAUCUGUUGUUGUUAUUGUCCAGGAUGCCUCUGCCCAUUGGUACCUAAGAAGAGGAGGAUGGAGUUGGACAGUUUGGACGUACAUCGAGUGAUAUGAAAACAGCCUGCAAACCAGAAUCUAGUCUGACUCCGGUUCAGCGUGCUCUGCGGUCUGCAAAGCAGUAUGAACUGCAGCGGCUCCUUCACACUGCCUGAAUGCCUUGAAUCCUGUCCAACACUUAACUGAAGUCAGGUUAAUGAAGAAGAUGCUGAGGAAGAUGGUGACCAUGAGGAGGAUCCUCCAUGUGAAGGCAGAUGUGAUGUGCACAAUGCUGCUGCUGGUGCUGUUCUGUGUGCUGCUCUAUGCCCGGCAGGCCGUGCUCUCCUCUGAGUGGGACAGGCCUUUGCUGAAGCUGGAAAUCCACGGAUCUACCAGUCCCAGCAGGACCUUGCUGGGCGCCAGUGGGGCCAAAGUCGGCCAGGAGUCUCAAGGGACACAGCUGCCUCCCUGCAAACCCCAGUCCAAAUCCAAACUUCUGCAGCUCAAGCAAAAACCCCAGGUCAAAUCUAAGGGGAAAUCCAAGGCACGACGGAAAAAUGCUGUGCCGACUAAGACAGCUGCCAAGCCCCUGCCCACGAUGCCUCCAUUUGACUUUGAGGGCUAUCUGAGAAAAAAGGACAACAGAAACUUUAAACUGCUCAUAGACCAGCCUGAUAAAUGUCACGUUGGGGGAGCAGAGGAAGAAGAAGAAGGAAGUGAAGGGUCGUCUGCUGCUCUCUACAUGCUGAUUGCAGUGAAAUCUAUCCCUGCAGAUUUUGAAAAACGUCAGGUAAAAUAUCCAAUGUGGUGUUGUCCCAAACGUUCCAAAAAUGUCAAAGCUAGAAAAAUCUGGUAUUUAACAUGCCUCACCAUUGUGGUUAUCUGCCAGAAGUUCUCAUAAAUUAACUUUUUAUCC